AUGGGAAAACGAGAGAAAGAUCACUUAAUUAUGGACGAUGUUUACAAUGGUGUUGGUUCUAUUGGUACAUUUCUUGAAGGACCAGUUAUUGCUUGGAUUGUUGCUCAAUAUGGUUGGUCAGCUAUGUUUACUUGUAUGAUUUUCUUAAGUAUUUUUGGUGCAUUAACAUCAUUUCGAGCUGCUCGUUAUCAACGUAUGAUCAAACUUUCAACAUCAUCAGUAUCAUCACUUGAACAAAUUAUUUCAUAA